GUCUCACCCGUGCAAGGAAGGAUGGGAGCGAGCGGGAAGAGCGCGUGGGAUAUCAUAAGAACUCUUGGGUUCCAAGGCCAGAGCUCUGAACUCAAGUCCCCAGGGUUGCAACUCACUGUCUAACUUCAGGAAAUCAGUUUCUUUCUCCCUCCCUGGAGAGGGGACCCACCACUUGCGAACUCUGUGAAUUUGGCCACUCUGGUCUUGGGCCACUUCACGGGUGAGCUGGGGACGGCGUUAGAUGUGAAGACGUGGCUGUGGAAGCAGCAGGGCACAGAGUCGGGGAUAAGUAAAUCGAAUGAUGAGGUAUCUGGGCCAGGCUCUGGGUGGGAGAGCCGAAAUCAAGGAUGGGAGAUUGGGGGAAGGGCAGACAGCAAGGAGACGUGGACCGGGAGGUGGAGAAGCCAGACAAGGGCUGGAGAGGAGGGCAAGCAGGAGCCGGAGCAGCGGGACCAGGCGGGGCUUAGGGGACACAGAAGUGGAUGUUGCAUUCUUGACUCUCGCCCAAUUUCCUCCACCCUACCUUGCUCUCCAGGAGCGACCGCUGGGACAGGAUGAGAUCGAAGAGCUCCGAGAAGCAUUUCUUGAGUUUGACAAGGACCGAGAUGGGUUCAUCUGUUACAAGGACCUGGGCAAUCUCAUGAGGACAAUGGGUUAUAUGCCCACAGAGAUGGAGUUGACGGAGCUGGGCCAGCAAAUCCGCAUGAACUUGGGCGGUCGGGUGGACUUCGACGACUUCGUGGAGCUGAUGACCCCCAAGUUGCUUGCGGAGACUGCCGGGAUGAUCGGCGUCCAGGAAUUGCGAGACGCCUUCAAGGAGUUUGAUGCCAACGGCGACGGGGAGAUCACGCUGGGAGAGCUGCAGCAGGCCAUGCAACGGCUGCUAGGCGAGAAGCUCACGCCCCAUGAGAUCGCCGAGGUCGUCCAGGAAGCUGACAUCAACGGAGACGGCACCGUGGACUUCGAAGAGUUUGUGAAGAUGAUGUCUCGUUGAGAAGCUUCUGGAAGCCCCAGAAGUAGCUGUUCAAUAGGAUGGAAGCCCAGGUGGAAGCCCAACUCCAACAGCCCCUUGAGGGAGCCGGGGUGGGAAGGUGGAGGGAGUGGGGACUGGCCGUGUGAUGGUGGGCUGCAAGUUGGGGUGCGAUCUAAGCUUAGCGGGGUGCAGCUGUAGAAUCAGAAGGAAGAGCCUCUGAAGACACCUCAAAA